AUGGUGGACAGCGACGGGAAGGACGGGGCCGGCAAUUUGCCGCCGGUGCUGCCGUUCGCGCCGAUGAUGAUGAACAUGAUGCCCGGUCCGAUGAUGCCGCCGUUCCCGAUGGGCGUCCCGUUCCCCGCCGGUAUGAUGCCAGGGGCCGUUCCGGUGGGAAUCAAGAAGCGCGGCCGGUCCCGGCGCAAGAACGACGCGUUCGGCCGCCGUACCGGCGACAGCACGAGCGGCGCGAAGGACCACGAGGAAGGCCGCCAGGACGGCAAACGCGGCGAAAAGCGCUCAUUCAUCUCAACGCGUGGCCGUGAGCGCAUCCAGAACGACUACAACCAGCGUUUCGUGGAGACUGGCGAGCGGCCGCAGAACUUCGUCCGGGACGUGGGCGAGGGCAAGCGCUUCGGCGAGUACCCGAAGCUUGACCGCCUGUCCAAUCUGAAGCGCGAGAUCAUCACGAAAAGGGCAACGCCGGCGCGCCACAUUCGCGCCGACCUGCGAACGUUCGACUUCGACAGCCUGCGGGUGCUGUUCGACGUCGUUCUCAUAAACCCCCCGUGGCGCACGUUCAAGAUGCGGGAAAUGAACCAGAACUUCGGCUGGACGCUGGAAGACCUCAUAGAGCACGUGCCGGUGGACAAGAUCGUGGACGCGAUGUCGUUCUGCUUCAUUUGGUGCGACUCGUACACCCUGGACGAUGCGCGUAACGCGCUCCGCCACUGGGGCUUUCGGAAGUGCGAGGACAUCUGCUGGCUCAAGACCAACGCGAAUUGGAGCAGCCUGGACCCGUACGGCGACACUACGUCGAAGGUCCGCGACCUGGACUCCAUCCACCCGCCUGCGCUGCUGCACAAGACGACCGAGCGCUGCCUGGUCGGGCUUCGCGGCCCCGUGCGCCGCAACGAGGACGACUACUUCGUGCACUCCAACCUGGACACCGACGUGAUAAUAUCGGAGGAGCGCGACCCGCGCGAGCGGCUGCGCAUGGAGCUGGAGCUGCAGCUCGACGAGGGAGAGAACAUGCAGAUGCAAAUGGACACCUAUCUCACCAAUCUCAACCCCAAGCCUCACGAGAUUUUCGACAUCAUCGACCGGUUCUGCCUGGGCCGCCGCAAGAUCGAGCUGUUCGGCAGCGACUCCUCCAUUCGCAACGGCUGGGUCACUGUGGGCCCCGCGGUGUCCACGACCAACUACAACGCCGAUGAGUUCCUGAAGUGGACUUCGGGCAGCGGCUGCUGGCCGCAAAUCCAGGACUACCGUGGCGGCCGUUUGAUGGGCACCUCGGAGGAGAUAGAGAACCUGCGCCCGAAGUCGCCGGCCAAGCUGUCAGGGAAGGAUGCGAGUGAGCUGCGUGACGCUAUUGUGUGA